AUGCCUCCCAUUCGUACUGCUCGCAAUCGCAAACCGCCGCCGGCCGGCUUUGACGACAUAGAGGACACUCUGCUGGAGUUCAGCAAUAAGAUGAAGGAUGCUGAGAAUGCUCCUCACGAGGGCAAGAAGAAGCACGAGGUCCUAUGGCCCAUCUUCCAGAUCAGUCAUCAGCGCUCACGAUACAUCUACGAUCUUUACUAUGAAAAAGAAGCAAUUUCCAAGCAGCUAUAUGACUGGUUGCUUAAAAAUAACUAUGCUGAUGCGAAUUUGAUUGCCAAGUGGAAGAAGCAAGGCUAUGAGAAGUUGUGCUGUCUUCGCUGCAUCCAGACGAAAGAGACCAAUUUUAAUUCAACCUGCAUCUGCCGUGUGCCCAAGGCUCAGCUUAAAGAGGAGCAGACAAUCCAGUGUGUUGGCUGUGGCUGUCGGGGCUGCUCGAGCAGCGACUAA